AUGCCGUGCCGUGCCGUGGCUCUGCUCCUGCUCAGCGCACACCUCGCCGCAGCUGCCUUCAAAAUCUGCGCUUUCAACGUCAAAAGCUUUGGAGAAGCAAAAGUGUCCAACAAAAGGGUCCUGGAAAGUCUGGUGAAGAUCUUGGCGCGAUGCGAUAUCUGUGUCAUCCAAGAAGUCCGAGACGCCAAAGGAGAAGCGAUCCCGACCCUGGUGAAGGAGCUGAACAGGUAUGCCGGGCAUCAUCUGUACGCGCACCUGAACAGCAGGAGGCUGGGGAGGAAUAGUUAUAAGGAGCAGCUCGUGUUUCUCUACAGGAGUGACACGGUUGAAGUCACUGACUGGCAUCAGUACGAGGAACACCCAGAAUCCUUUGCAAGAGAGCCGUUGGCCGUGCGCUUCCACUCGCCAAGGACCGUAAUGAAGGACUUUGUUGUGAUGUCUCAUCACACGUGUCCCCGAGAGGCAGCCAAGGAAAUUAACGCGCUGCUAGAGCUCAUGCUGGACGUGGAGCGCCGCUGGAAGGUGGAGAGCGUAAUGCUUCUCGGUGAUUUGAACGCAUCCUGUGGCUAUGUGACCGUGGAAGAGUGGAAAGGGAUCCUACGACGAAGCAGCGACACCUUUCACUGGCUGAUCGGAGACCAAGAAGACACCACCGUCAGCCACAAGACACACUGCGCCUAUGACAGGAUUGUGAUCCACGGGGAGAGAUUCCUGAAAGCGAUCGUCCAGGGAUCCGCAAAACCCUUCAACUUUGCGAAGAAACUGGGAUUGUCUGAGGAAGAGGCAUUACGAGUGAGCGAUCACUUCCCAGUGGAGGUUAAUCUUCGAAUCCAUCCCAGAGUGGACAGAGAGCUGUGAUCACCCGCAGA